AUGCAGAUACAUCAAACCAUAAAGCUCUUUGUUAAAAUGUUGUUAAGAGAAAUGAAAAAGUUUUUGAAAGUGUUAAUUGUUUUAUGUGUUUUGUUGGUCCUUUGGUUUUGGGACAGAAGUGAUAAAGUUCAAGAACAUUUGUUGCCUGUAAUAUUGUGGUGGACAAAUGGUUUUCCUGGGACACAAGAGAUUAGGUAUUGCCCAGAGGAUAUUACCUGUCGUGUAAGAAGUGAUAAAUUUGCAAUGCAAAACAAUAUUGAUGCAUAUUUAUUUUAUGCUAGUAACAUUAACUUUAAUGAACUCCCCUUACCUAGAAAUGCCAAGAAAGUUAUUUGGGGAUUAUACCACGAAGAGUCUCCACGUAAUGUAGAGGAGCUUUCACAUGAGCAAACGUUGAGCCUUUUUAAUUUCUCCUCUACAUUCAGUAGAUAUAGCGAUGUACCAUUUCCAUUGCAAUAUUUGGACUCCAUUGAAGAUGUAACUAGCAAAAGGUAUUUUGUACCCACAGAUGUUAAAAAUAGUCAUCUCAAUAUGUCACCCAUUUUGUAUUUACAAACAGAUUGUGAAACAGCUACUGAGAGAGAUGCAUAUGCAAAAGAAUUGAUGAAAUAUAUAAACAUUGAUUCCUAUGGAGCAUGCCUUAAGAAUAAAGAAAUGCCAGCGAAGUUUACUAAAGAUUAUUUAAACCACUUGAACGACGAUGACUUCUUACACUUUAUUGCUAGAUACAAAUUUGUGUUGGCUAUUGAAAACGGCGUUUGCGACGAUUACAUUACCGAGAAGUUUUGGCGCGCUAUCAAAGUGGGUACCGUGCCUAUUUAUUUUGGUUCACCGACGAUACGGGAAUGGUUACCAAAUGAAAAAUCUGCUAUUUUGUUAGAAGACUAUCCUACACCAGAAGUUAUGAGCAAGUACAUAAAAAAAUUACUCAAAGAUGACAGUUUGUAUGAAAAACAUUUGGAACAUAAAAUUUAUGAUUUUAUAAGCAACGAGAGGCUUGUCAACGAGUUAAAGUCGAGACCCUACCAGGUUGACGCGUUAAGGGUAGCCGAAAAAUUCGAGUGUUUCGUAUGCAAAAAAUUACAUGAUCUUAAAUCCGGAGUUUUAAAGGAAAGUGUACUGACUAAAUAUCACUAUAACUGUCCCGAACCUAUUUCGGCCUUAACUUUAAAAGUAAAUCCACAUAAUGGUUGGGUGUUUUCUUGGCAAUAUGCAAAAAAGAGAGCAAAUAAAAUACAACAGACAGUGCUAGGAACGAAUUAA